GGAGUGUGUGUGUGGGAGAGAGAGAGAGAGAGAGAGAGAGAGAGAGAGAGAGGAUGGUGGAAGAAGAGAGUAAGGAAAAUGGGAAGAUCCAAAAGGAGAGUAAGAGUGGGAGCCCAAAGAAAAGGCAUGCAUGUGGGAAGUGCACCAGGAAGUGCUUAAAAAUUCAUGGGAAGUGCACUUCUCUGGUGCUUCCUCCUCCUCCUCCUCCCACCCCUUCCUCACUAUCUUUCUUUAAGAUCAUGGUUGGUGAUUUCUCUGAGCUUUUGUAUGUACCGCCCAUGUUCGCAAAAGCAAUAGGAGACUUGGCUGAUCAGAACGUUUACCUGCAAGAUUCAUACGGAUACCGUUGGCGCGUAAAAACAUGUUCGAUGAACGGUGCAUUGGCUUUUGGACAUGGCUGGCGGAAUUUCGCAUUGGAUCACGCCAUCAAGUUUGGUGAAUUGUUGGUAUUCAAGCAGAUUAGCAAGCACGGCUUUUCUGUGCAGAUUUUCGCCACAACCGCCCGCGAGAGGCUGCACCUGUGUGAGAGGAAUAAAAGAAGUAAUAAGAGGAAAAGGCGGAGAAAAAAAGAACCUGCCAAUAAUUUGUGCUUGAAUGACAUUCAAAAUAAUUCAGAUGCCUCUGAGAAGAGGCUCUGCAUUCUUGAUAAAGAUUCACCGAAAGAUGAAAAAAUAAUUGAUGCGACCAACGUAAUGGAUGUAAAAAGUUUAGAGGUCGCUGAGAAAGAUUGCUCUCAAUAUAUUGGGGAACUUGGUGGGUUCCAGAACAUGCCGGAGGUCGAAAGUCUUAGUUACUGGAAAGAGAAUAAUGUGAAAAGUGAUCAUUCAAUCGAAACAAAUUUCGCCAUUGAGGGGGAUUCAGCUGCUGCCUUAGUGUGGUCAGAGGACAUGGUUGAUUUGAAUUCAUCUUUUAACCAGGAAUUAAUAAUGGAUCCUCCGAUCGACGCAAUGCCUUCCGAAACUUCACAAACCUUGUGUUAUUCUCACGACACGGAGAAGUUAGAGGCGACCGAAGAAAUGUCACGUAGAUCUCCAUCUACAUUAGUCGUAGAAUGCGAAGAAACAAGAAAUGAGAAUCAGAAUGAGUCGAAUUUGGCGAUAAUUGCCUGUCCUCUUACCGAUGAAUCCUUGCCUACCAUGGACUGCUCAAAAGGAGAUGAAGAAGAAAACGAUGUUGAGAUAAAAGAGGGUGAACAAUCAAACGAGAGAAUAAACUCGCCAGAUCCGGAAGUUGGUGAACAAUCAAACGAGAGAAUAAACUCGCCUGAUCCGGAAGUUGGGGAACAAUCAGACGAGAGAAUAAACUCGCCUGAUCCGGACGAGAGAAUAAACUCGCCUGAUCUGGAAGUCGGUGAACAAUCAAACGAGAGAGCAAACUCGCCUGAUCUGGAAGUUGGUGAACAAACAAAUGAGAGAAUAAACUCGCCUGAUCUGGAAGUCGGUGAACAAUCAAACGAGAGAGUAAACUCGCCUGAUCUGGAAGUUGGUGAACAAACAAAUGAGAGAAUAAACUCGCCUGAUCUGGAAGUUGGUGAACAAACAAAUGAGAGAAUAAACUCGCCUGAUCUGGAAGUUGGUGAACAAUCAAAUGAGAGAAUAAACUCGCCUGAUCCGGAAGUUGCUUGCGGCGAACUGGAUGUGGAAAACUCAACUGAAAAUGUUAGCGGUGCACCUCAAAUUUCAGAUGCUGUUAGUGAUCAGAAAGACGAGGGAGAUUUGGUUUGCUCGCAUGACGUUGCCAGUGAAGUUGUGAUGCAGGAUAUGACAUGUUUGGGUCAAGACCAAGAGUCAAAUGGUAAAAUAGGGGAGAGUGGAAAUGCUCCGACUUCGACCACUAAUGGCAAGGAUGAGAUUGUUUGUUUCUCUCGGAAGGUAACCAGAAAGAGAAGAAACAAGGACUCACUUCAUAAAAACGGUGGUGAUUUGCCGUUCAAUGCGAGCACAUUAGAUGGCGCUGAUACCGAAAAAGAAACUCCAAAGUCAUCAUGCGAAGAUACUCUUUACGGAAGUAAAACGGAAGAGAAUCAUGGUCCCGGAAGUCCCCCAAUGCUUCUUUGCAAUAAGGAAGAGGAUCAGUCGCUUGGUGCUAAAAUCAUCGCCGAUGAUGUCAUGAUAGAUAAUUCUCACCAGUCUGAAAUUCCAUUACAAGCUGUCAAAAUUGAAAGCGAGGAUCCAAUUGAUGCUGAGCCACUAAACAACGGAAAUUUCGGCGUAUCGAUAUCCGUAACUGCUCAAUCUUGGCUCGAAUUACCGAAGAGAUUGCCAUCUAGUCUGGGAAAGAUGAAAACCGGGAGGAAGGUUGUCGUACUUCGGGACCCAUGCAUGAGACUGUGGCCUGUUCUUUACCACGAGAGCGCGCGGUUUGUUGGCUUUAUCGGCGGUUGGGAUGAUUUCACCGCGGCAAACCACCUCCAACACGGGGACGACUGUGUGUUCGAACUUUCCGGUGCAUCGGAAACAGUUCUUCAAGUGCGAAUCUCCAAAUAAAUAGGAG